AUGGGCGCCAUGGCGGCGAAGCACGUUAAUCAGAUGGCCUUCUGCCCACCGAACCCUACCUACCGUAAGGAGGACGUCAACAUGUGGCUCGACACUGACCGCGGCAACCGGAUCCCUGCCUUCCACAUCCGGCGUGGCUUCCCGCUGACGGUGCUGGUGUCGCACGCCAACGCGGAGGACUUGGGCCUGGUGCUGCAGUACUGGGCCUACAUGUCGCAGCAGCUUCAGGUGGACGUCUUCGCCUACGAGUACUCCGGCUACGGGCACGCGACGGGCAGCCCGUGCGAGGCGAACCUGUACUCGGACGCGCGCGCGGCGCUGAAGAUUCUCGUCGACGGCUUCGGGCUCAAGCCAGAGCGCGACAUCGUCGUCUUCGGGAAGUCUCUUGGCUCCACGCCUUCCGCGGCGUGGUCGUCUGCUCCGGACCUGUACGCCGUCUGCCGCGCGCACCACCCCCUCCCGCCCGGCUGGAUCACUGGCGGCUCGCACAACGACAUCGAGCACCGCGACGCCUUCCUCGCCAUCCUCAAGGAGUUCCUGGCGCACAUCCUCGCCGCCGGCCCCACCAGGGUGAUGCCGCCCUCGGGCAUCUCUGCGGUGCUCAAGUCGGUUGGCUCCUCGGUCUCAAGCUCGGCCAAGGCGCUUUGGAGCUGCACCGCGCCGCCGCGGAGCCAGCCCGCUCACGACAUGUAG